UUUGCACGUGUGACUGAAGUUUUAUAAUAACGGUAUGGCUUUAAAUAAAGAAAAAGUAAAUGUUUUCAAUAAUACUUCAAACUCCGCUGAAGGGGACGUUUCGAUGGAUUCCGUCGAACUGGUGAGGAGAUGUUCUAAAGAGAACACACCUGAGACUUCAUGGGAUCCAAGUUGUUAUGUUUCAACUCUGGAUAGGAGUAAAGACGAGGGAGAUAUAACCACGCCGUUCGUGAGUAUUAUGGUGACUGAAGCGUCCCCGUCGCAAAGUAUCGAGAACACUUCCACGCAGACGGACCCUUGCGAACUGGCUAUAAACUGCAGAGUUUCUGACGUGAGCUUUUCGUUCUCAAAAGAUGUCAACACACAAGGUUCCACAUCUACCUCUGAGGAAAACUUGCGAACAAAACGACUAAGACGCGAUUCUCACGACAAAGACAUAAUUUUUAGACCUUGGAAACGAACAAAAAAUACAAGUUCUACGCGAUCGCCGAGUUUAAUCAAAGAGGAUAAAACACUCCGGUCCACAGUGUCAUCGAGUCAACUAUCUUCCACAUCGGAUGCCUCGUUUAAGUCAUUGAGCAGUAGUCAAACCUUCAAAGUGAGGAAAAGAAAGCCAAUGUCAGAGUCAAAUUUGUUCAAAGACGCACUCCACAAGUCGAGGAAGAAUAGAAGUUUUAACAAAUCUGGAAACAACACCCCAGGAGGGUCGCCGAGGAGAGAGAGGAGUCACCGCCGAAACGCACCUAAGAGUUGGAAGUUUGUUGAUCUUUGCACAUGGAUUGGCAUGAAGAGUUACGAGUCCAUAACGGGCAUGCUCCGGGAACCUGCGAGAAAGCACGGAUCAGAGCGAGAAGGACGGGAAGACACAGGCAUUCGAGAGGAAGUGAGAGAGCUGCGACUGUACCUGAAAGAGGUUGAGGGACGGCAAGCGCGGCUGUCGUGGGAGAAUGAUGCGCUGCGGGAACAACUACACAAGAUGAACUCCAAAAUUGAACUGAUGGAGGAGAAGUUCCGGUUGCAGCAUCAGACACCGUCCCGUGGACCCUCCGCACCGCCUCCACCACCACCACCACCUCCACCACCGCCUCCCCCACUACCACCAACAUCAGGAACAAAGCUCGGGCGUUCCAACACAAUACCUAGAUGUGGCUCCGCCCCGCUUAGGACGUCUGGGCCUAGGCUUACGAUCACACCAGAGGAUAUAGCUAAUGUUAAAUUAAGGAAGGCGAAGGAUCACCCAGUCCGCACCAAACCCCAAAACCAACCAAAGCAGCCACUGGUGACGCAGAACAUGCUACAAACGACUCGUGCGAAGCUCAGCCGCUCAAAACGACCCGCGGCAUCUACUCCCAACAAAAUACUUAAUGACCUAGAGAAAUGCCUCCUCCAAGACACGUGGGUAUCCUCACUCCACCCACGGCGGUCGAUGCGCGCGUCCUCUCGCAGCGCGGAGGAGCUGCGCCCGCGCCCCUACCCGACCGCGCGCACUUACGCCCCACGUUCCCCUCGCUCCCCCCGCGCCCCAAAGUCGCCACGGGCCAUCUCGCUGCCUCGAGGAGUUUUAUCUCCUCUUAAGUAUCAGUUAACUUUACCGAACUAGUAGAAAUUACUGUAAAUGAAUGUCAAACCGUAAGUGUGAUUUCUCCCAGAUUGAGGAUUAAGUUGGAGAAGUAAUUAAAUAGUCAGCCAAAAAAAUAUAAUUUGGUCAGCAGAAAAAUCAGAUGGCCAGCAAGGGUUAGGUUUAGGUUAGACUUUUCCUUCCUAACCAUUUAUUUCUUCUGCUGGACAAAACAUCAUUAUUUCACAGAUCAGUUAAAUCAUAUCCAUUACCAUACCCCGACACCGAGCCAGCAAAUCUGCAACAGUUGUACGUCAGGGUUAUGACUACUACGAACAAAUUAAAGUAUUAAAAAAAUUCCAGCAAUAAAAAUUCUAUAUUAAUAUUUGAAAGAAAUGCGAAAAAAAACUUGAUUUCAUAAAAUUUUAUAGACAUAUUGAAACGCAUUUAAUAUUGACAUUGACAUGUUCAUUUAUUUUCUUUGAUAACAUAUUCAAUUUGUAUUGGAAGAGGGUCAACCAGGUUCUCAUUCAAUUUUAUUAUAAUAAAGUUUAAGAAAAAUAGUUCAUCAUAAUCGCCAACCCUGACAUAAAACUGUCAUAUGCCACGGUUUUGCUAGUUCCGUUGCGGGGUUUGCCUUUAACUUCCAUUCGAACAUCUUGAAUUCUAAGUUGUACCACAAUCUCAAAAAUCGCAUACGGUAAAUAAUUUUAGGGUGGGAUUGUGCAAUAAAAUUCAUUAAUGAAGGAGCCAAGGUUAUAUUAGAUGGGUCCCUCAUUUCCUUUCGUUGUAGGUACCUACGGGGAAACAUGUAAAUUUUGAAAUACUGCUUUAGACAUCAAUAAAUGCUCUAUGAGUAAUCAAUGUUAGUAAUUAUGAUAAUAUUGAUUGAAGAUUGAUUUUAGAUUAUGUAUCAAUAAAUAUUGACAUAUAGGAAGGAGUCACAAACGUGACUUGUUGAUUUUAAUGAUUGUGAAGAGUAGAGAUUUUCGGUAUAAUAACGAACUGCAUUUCUAUUGCACUGCACUCAUUAAAGUUUAACAUUUUAAUAAGUGCAGUGCAAUAGAAAGUUUAGCACUUUAAUAAGUGCACGCACAAGAAAAAAAUAUGACUCCCUGACUAGAAUUAUUGAGCCUACAAAAUUACUGGCAAACGUAGUGAAGCCGUAAAUCCACAUAUCGCUUUUUCACUUCAUUAUUGUAAUAGAAAAAGAGAUGGGGAUUACUUUGGCUUCUCUUAUUGACAGGUCAGCUUCAUAGAACUAAUAUUCUUGGCUUUAGAAUUCUAAGGCUCCCUGACAUUCUACAUCUUGAUGUAAUUUGUAAUUUGAUUGUACUAAUUUAAAAUCUUUUUGAUGUUUUUAUUCAAUUUAGUAUUUUGUAGAUUAUAAUCUUUAUCUACCUAACGUUGCGACGAUAAUAAAUAUUUAUUGUUAUAUUUUUAUUAAGUCGAUACUUGUAAUUCGCCAUUACCAGUUAAUAUCAUAAUGAAUAUCAUGAUUUAUACAGAUAAUAAAAAUUUACUUUGAUUUUUAAAUCUGCUUGUUGAUAAUAAUCAUACAUCGAAAUGUGAUAUACUCUGGCAAGCCAACUUCAUCAAGUCAAAAACAGCGCGAAAUUAAAAAUGUUAUAUGUGAGGACAUAUCCGUCACGCCUACAUUUUUUUUAAAUUUGCCGCCUUUUUGACAAAGCUGGCUAGCCAGACAUACCUUUUGAAAUAAACCAUCAAAUUAAAAAAAAAGUAUCCCCGACAUCCCCGUACAAUAGGAUUAAAUAGGAUGCUGCUUAUUUCAUUGAAGUCAUAAUUUUCGUAGUCUCUUCCAAUAAAAAACAAAUUUAGAUUUUA